AGUCGAUCGUAGUGUUCAUAAGGAAGUCCGUCUCAUUGAGUGUGUGUGUAUCACAUUUGUGAUAUCUAGCCUCCAUAGUGUCCGCACACGAUGACCGCUACCUACCCAUGUCCGGGCAUCAGGGUGGUCAGAGGUCCUGAUUGGGCGGGGAGAGACCAAGAUGGCGGUGAAGGUCACGUGGGAACUGUCGUCAAGAUAGAGGCUUCUGAUUGGGCAAAAGGCAAAGUGACCGUUUUCUGGGACAGUGGCCGUGAGUUCCAGUACCGGGCAGGGUUUGACAGCAAGUUCGAGCUGCUGGUGUUUGACUCGGGGCCUACAGGAGUUCAACAUAAAGGCUUCAUAUGUGACGGGUGUGGGGAGGAUAACAUUGCAGGAAUGAGAUGGAAGUGUUCGCAAUGCACGGACUUUGACUUAUGUACUCUGUGCUACAACACGGAACGCCAUGCGACGGACCACGCCUUCCUCCGGUGUCUCACCAACAACUCACCACUUGUGCGAGUGUCGCCUCGUUCCGGCACACAAAGAAUCCGUGCAAUCGGUCUGUUCAAGGACUCAAAGGUGAUGCGUGGUCCUCACUGGAAAUAUGGAAGUCAAGACGGUGGAGAGGGCAACACCGGGGACGUCGUGAAGCUCGGGUCAUGGACGGGAGGGUACAGUCGGGGAGCUGUCAAUGUGAGGUGGGAGGGGGGGCAGGACAGUCUGGAGGGCUACCGCUUGGGUGCUCAGGGCAAGGUGGAACUCAUCACGGUGGACGAGGCACAAGGCUGGAGGUAUUACAAGGCUCAUCUCCCGGUUCUCGAUGUUGUGAAUCCAAAUGACGUUCGCCUGAAAGUUGGCGACAAAGUGAAAGUGGAGGUUGACAAGGAUAUAUUUGAACGCAUGCAUAAGGACCAUACAGGUCUUCGUGAAGGCAUGUCACAGUGUUUGGGAGAGGUUGGUACCGUCGUUACUCUUCCCUCAAGAGACGAGAGUGCAAUUAUUGCGCAGUACCAGGAUGCAGAAGAGUAUGGUCUGGUUAAGUCCACUUUAACAAGGCUGCACACCUUUGCCGUCGGAGACACGGUUAAGCUCAUCACCAACUACAACGCUGCCGUGGAGCUCCAGAACGGACAUGGCGGAUGGAAUGACAAAAUGGAAGAUUGUCUAGGCAGGACAGGCCAGGUGGUGGAGAUCGACAAGGACGGGGACCUGAGGGUUGCCUUUGGGCCAGUAAAAUGGUUCUUCAACCCCGUCAGCUGUGAUCCUCAGGACAGAGAAACCUUGUCUGGCUCCGGCCUCUCCGUCGGAUCCAAUAAAAGCACCAGCUCAGAAUCUUCUACAUCCGAUGUGGAUGACAUAGCCGAAGGUGUGGCUAAGGUCCUGUUCGGCCUUCUGAAACCAGGAGACAGUGUUCUUUAUAAGCCGAAUACGUCAUCCAGCAGCGCCGUGACUGCCCGAGACCUCUUCAUCGCUGUCAGCAACGGCGACACAGAAACAGUGAAAGACAUUGUCAAGUCUAUUGGUGACAAGGUAAACGAAUCAGUGGAUGGCCUCACGGCACUGCAGACAGCGUGUUACAAAGGUCAUGCUGACAUUGCCACGCUUCUGAUCAGCGCUGAGGCGCAUCUAAACAAACCUGAUGAUGAUGGUGAUACCCCUCUACACUACGCUGUGUCAGGAGAGCAGCCCACCCUAGUAGGGAUACUGCUGGACGCCAAGGCACGGGGCGACACGAAGAACAACAAGGGACUGACACCAAUACAUCUGGCAGUGGCCAAGAAGAACCCCAGUGUCCAGUGUUUGAAGAGACUUAUACGGUCCAAGUGUGACCCGAACACACAGGAUGAGGACGGAGAUACGCCCCUCCACGAUGCCAUCAGAACCCAGAACCAGCAUCUUCUUGACCCCUUCCUGGAAUGUGCCGAGCUCAGCAUGAGACUCGCUAACUCAUCAGGCUGCAACCCUUUCCAUGAAGCGUGUACGUCUCUGUCUGGGGCCACAGAGUUUCCACAAGCUCUAAUACAAAGAGACCCGAAGAUUGUCAACGUUCCAAUGAACAACGCCCUAACCCCAAUACACAUAGCAGCUUUCAGGAGCUUUGUGGCACUGGCAGGUGUCCUGGUUAAGGCUGGCUGCAACGUCAAUGCACGAGACGACAACGGCAAGACAGCGCUUCAUCUGGCUGUGCAAGGAUGUAAUCUGCAGAUUGUCCAACUGCUCCUGGAAUCUGGGGCGGAGAUCAACGUACAGGACAAAGACGGCAAUUCCCCUCUACACGCCGCUCACAUGGACAGCACCCUGCCAGGAGAUGAGGGUUCCAAGGACGAGGAUUUGGCACUGGAGAUACGCUGCCAUCUCGCUGAACGUGGAGGAGACAUCAGGCUGGAAAACAAGGCCGGGAAGACGCCCCUUAAUUUCGUGAAAAACAAAGAAGUCCGCGUUAUGUUAGAUAGAAUUGCAAAGCGGCCUUUGUCCUCGAAAAUGAGCCAGUCAAAGCGUCUUCCGGCACACUGGGAAAGCAUGGGACGGGACGGCUUUAUGAAGGUGGAGUUGAGUGAGUCCAACCCGUUGACGGCCUUUGAGUACCGACACGUCGAGUCCAGGAUGGAGGACACACUGUCCAAUAAGAGUAUCCAGUCCAUCUUCCGCAUCCAGAACGUGGCAUUGUGGGAACAGUAUAGCGUGGCCAAGGGCAACAUGGAACGUGAGUACGGUCGUGGUCUUGCCAAUGAAAAGCAACUCUUUCACGGAACCACACCAGACUCGGCCGAUCUCAUCCCGCACCAAAACAUCGACUUCCGGUUAGCCGGAGGUAGAGUGGGCGCCAUCUAUGGCCAAGGGGCAUACUUUGCUGUGGACGCCAAGUAUUCGGAUGGCUACGCUAAAGAAGAUGCCCGUCGUCACAGGUUCAUGUUCUUGGCUAAAGUUCUUGUUGGGAAGUCGAAGCAAGGAAACCGAGAACUGAAACGUCCCCCAGUGUUGGAUUCCAGCAACAAAACUAAACUCGCUGACUCAGCAUGUGAUAAUGAAACAAGCCCGAGAAUCUACGUGAUUUUCAGCGAAAGUCAAAUAUACCCAGAGUAUCUAAUUGAAUAUUGUUGAUUUUCCAAUUUAUGUAUGUGUUUUUAGUCAACGGAUUGUGUCUUCGCUGCAAUCUUCAGAAUGUUCGCUGACAACACUCGUGUCUACAGGACUCAUUAUGUUUUUUAAUCGGAUUCCUUAUCAGUUGACAUGCAAAAUAAUUACUUAUAUAAACUUUUAAUCCUGAACGCGCUGGCACCACUCGUGUUCACAGGGCUCCUAGUUUUUUUAAUCGGAUUCCUUAUCAGUUGACAUGCAAAAUAAUUACUAUUAACUUUUAAUCCUGAUCGCAUUGUAUUAUAAAAUGCUCUUCCGAUCUACCAUAAAGGGAAAUACUGAUUUUAUAUGACGAUGGUACAUGUAUCUGUAGAUUACGUCUUGGGUGAGUGAGUGUUACGUUACAGGGUGACGUAAUGGGACAUCAUGGUGUGUUGCCGUGACGACCCAACGGUAGUCCGCAGGCACACGCUCGUCAAAAUGUAAUUCAUAUUGUGGGUGUUUUAGUGUUAAAAUGCACAUAAAAUCAGACAUGGUAUAUUGUGAGAGUCCCAGGAGUAAUGUUUGAAACGUGAACGUUUCUGAUUGACGUAACAAAUUGACGCUGCGGUUUAUACAAUCUUUUAACAUGUUAAAUAUAUGGGUGACUUGUCAAGUUUCCAUGGUAACAUGCCCAUCCAUUAGCAUUCUUGUACACCUGACAUACGUCAUAGACAUGUAGGAACAUGUCUGUACGAAAAAACUAUUAUAUCCUUUUCGUGGAAAGCAUCAGAAAAGCAUCUUACACGAGGUCAUGAUCAGUAUAAUACACAAGGAAUUGGUAUUGAGAUAUAGUUCACUGGUGACUUGAGUUGUUACGUAUGGAUUUGUGUUUCAUGUUAGCAGACACUAGAUGGUCACGAUGCAACAUGUUCGGGUGAAAAUGUAUUUAUCUAUAUUUGUAGUUGCAUGUAUACAUGCAUUCAGCAUUUUCCAGCUAUAUGGCGGCGGUCUGUAAAUAAUCGAGCAUCGAUCCACGCAACUGGAAUACGAUGACAUGUAUCAACCAAGUCAGAGAGCCUGACCACCGAUCCCGUUAGUCGCCUCUUACGACAAGCAUAGUCGCCUUUUACGACAGGAAUGGGUUGCUGAAGACCCAUUCCACCCGGGAUCAUCACGGGUCUUUUACCCAAAGUAACAUUCAUAUAUGCUAGUCCCGCAUUGAUACUGUUUUAGUACUUUAGACAGUAUAACGUUUAAGAUCGAAGAUGUUAACAAGUUCGGCUAAGCCUACGAGCACGGACGAGUUGCUGACAAACCAAGGAUUAUAAUCUAGAGUUGGCGGUUCGUGUAGGAAUUCGACCAAGUACUUGAACAUUCUUAUGAAACUAGUAUGAUGAAAUUAAAACAGUGAAAAUUCCAUGACGUUUGAUGUUUAGUAUAUUGUCAGAAGAGGGGUACUGUUUUAUUCUUUCAACAAUCUCAUUGCCACAUGUAUUUCUGUUUAACACGAAAGGAAAUGUUAUGCAUAACUCCGUUACGUGUUCAAGAUUGCAAAUGUAGUGGAAACUAGUUUGUUUUCAUUAAGAAGACAUCUAUAUGUGUAGUGUGUUACUUUUUCCAAUUAACUCCUAUAUCAGAAUGUGACACUCAGGAUAACACACAUAUACGUGUACACCCCUUCCAGUUUUAAACCAGGUGUUGUCAUAUCUAACGGUCUUUGAGGAUUGAAGGCCUGUGUUGUAAGUCGCCCGUGUGCUCGUUUCAGUUUCAGGCUAAAUCUAUUCAGUAGAUCAUUUAUAUCAAUGCUACCCUAAAAGGUGUUGUAUGUUAUUGUAAUAAAAUGCUCAAAUAAAAAAUAUAUAUGUGCACUAUUUUACUCGUGGGAGUUACACAAAUUGUACAUAAGAAUAUGUGACUUCCGUGAUAUGAACAGUAAAAUAUGUCUGAAGAUG